GUACAUGGGGGUGGACACUGAAGAGGCAGUCGGAAAGCACAGCUGGAGAUGACGACUACAACCAUAUACCAGGGCUUGGACUCCACAGGCCGCAGUAGCUCCAGUAGAGUGUUGCAGCCUCCUGGUGGCGGAUCCAGCAUCUCAUUCGGGGUGGAGGAAAAUGUCAAACCUGUGCAUUCUCGACCAAGCAAAACUGCGUCCAAUAUCUUUGGACCACCAGUGGACAGCCAGCCUGCGGCACGAAGAACAAACCCACCAGGUGGAAAAAGUAGUGGUAUCUUUGGAGCAACUUCCGCUGAAACAGCAGAUUCAAAGCAACGGAGAAAUCCUCCUGGUGGCAAGACAAGCGGCAUAUUUGACACUGUGAAAAAGCCUCCCAACACUCUGGAUAUCGCAACUGGGGAGGGUGAAAAUUGCCCAAGUUCAUUUGAAAGUGAAAGCCAAACGGAGACCCGGGGAAAGAAGGAAGAAUCUGUGCCCAGCCCAGUAGUGUCUGCUCAAUCUGAACCAUUUAAGCCCAAAAAAGUCCCUCCCGGCGGAGUCUCCAGCCUUGUGCUGGGAUAAACCCACCAUUCAUUUCAUUAUCUCAGCUGCAGACUGAAUACAUGUUGAUUUUUAUUGUAAAGUUAAAGUUUGAGCUUCACCAUUUUGUAUUAGCACUUUACAUUUGAAUGUUCCAUAGUUGCUCCAGACAGGAGGCCUGCUGGGAAAGGCAUGAGUUAUUUCCUCCCUGAGAUGUAAAGUAUUGAGUGUGUUUUUCAUGUGACUUCAGACUAAAUUCUGGCAUUUUGAACUUUGUAUUUGGAUGUUAUUUGUGAUGCAAAUUAAAAAGUACUCUAAAUGUGA